GAGAACUGGGAAGAGGGCAAGAGGCGGCAUCGGUUUGGCGGCGGCGCGGGCGACAUGGUCCGGCGGUCGGCGGUCGGCGGCAGGAGGGGAGUUUGAGCGGCUGCGCGCGACGAGCAGGGUCGGGAGCACGGAGCGGCGGCUGAGCGCCGGCGAGGGUGCGAGCAGGGACGGGCGCGCGGCCGGCGGGGGAAACACGCGGGCGACCGGGCGUGGGCGGCGCCGGGCAGGCGCGCCGCGUGCAAGCCGGCGCAGCAAUCCAGCAAGCCGCACUCCGCGUCUCCGCAGCAUCAUCUGUUGUGGAAUGGAUAUUUUCUACCAAUGUAAGGAGAUCUUAAAGAUCCAGAAGUUCCGGCGUAUGGUGUCCUAUGCUGGAUUCUACUGCUUCACUACGGUCCUGACCUAUGCUUACACAAGCAAUACGACAAGGGCUGGCAUUUCUAGGGGCGACCAAUUUUACGCCUCCUAUCCUGCUGGUACUGAGCUAUUAACUGACACUGCAAAGCUUUACAAGGCUGCAUUGGGUAAUUGUUUCGAAAUAGAUGACUGGGGUCCAAUAGAGUUCUCUAUCAUGGCAAAGCAUUUUGAUCGGCAAGGAAAACCGCCAUAUGCCUACCAUGCACAAUACAUGGCACACCUUCUCUCCCAUGGACAGCUCGAUGGAAGUGGGUAGCUGCACGAUGUGCUUAAGUAGCCUUCUGGUUUGUCUCAUGAUGAUCUCUGGUAUCGGCAGUAGCUUAAGUUAUGGUAGCGUAUUGGUGGUAUCACCGUACAUUUCACUGAGAUGCUGUGUACAAAUGGACUGCCUUGGUACGCUGUGUGUUCAGAUGGCAUGCGACAAUGAACUGCAAUGCUCAAAGUAUAGGUAGUUUCUGGAUUUUUUUUAAGCCAUCAACCACUACAUUAGUACGAACUUAUUACCACUGUUAAUGAUCCGAUAGUUCCUUCCUGGAAGAAAUCAGGACGUUUCCUUUCGAUAAUACAAAGAAAUGAUGAUGUCUGAA